CACACAGCUUCCAAGUGCGGUGUUGCUCGGAUCGGUCACUUACUACAAAAUGGCUGCACAGGCUCCACCACCGCCGCCGCCGUCGCCGCCGCUGACAACGACGACGACGAGGAGAAGGAAGCACGACUGAACGCUUCGACGCUGAGAGAAGAAGCCGCAAAUACAAGUAUUCGAGAACCGUUUGAUGGAAGAGAAGAAAAAGAAAAGGCCAGAAGAGAAGAACAAGAAGGAAGUUGCUUCCAAAAAGGACACUGAACAGACAACCAAAGUGCCGGACUCCGCCAAGCUCGAGCCCGUCCCUCCUGUCCCGCCCGUACCCCCGAGCAGCGGCGAUGGCAAGCGCGCCCCUGGCGCCGCUUGCCAGCAGCCUCCUCAGAGCUCCUUGCAGCAGCAGCAGCAGCAGCAGCGUCACCCGGCCAGAGAGGUGCCCCCGCGCUUCCGCCAGCACGAGCACAAGCAGCUGCUGAAGAGGGGCCAGCCGCUCCCGCCCGGGACCCUGACGCUCGCCGCCGCCGCCGGCCACCUGGAGUCCUCCUUUGCAAACCUGCCCACAGAACUGCCCCCACAGAGCAGCCCGGGAACCCAGUAUGAGAAUCCCCUUUGGGGGCACCUGCCAGCCGACAGGAGCGCUGCAACUUGCGCUAAUACGAGUUGCGGCCAUCAACUGAUCAUUGACCAGAAGGACACGGAGGCUUGGCCUUCAAUUACGCUCAGCCAGAACAAGGCCCGUCAAGGACGAUGCUCUUUGGACACUGAGCCCGGUCACAUGACCAGCAACAGUAGCACUUGUAGUACCGACAGUCGUAGUAGUAGUAAUAAUAGCGAUUGGUGUUGUCAUCCGACGAUGGCCACAGGGGCCAAUAGCCAGACGGGCCACUUCCCCGUCAACCACCUCAGCAGUAAGGCCAACACUGGACUCAGCCCUGCCAAUCAUACUGGAAGCAACAUGCACUCAAGCCAGGUUGCAGCCAAUCGCUGGGGUUCCGGGUCCGGACCGUCUCAGUCCUCCGCCGGCGGUGAAGGGAAAAAUGACGGCAGCAGAGGAUGGGGCUCUUUGCCAACCUCCAACUGUAACUUGAACUUGAACCCUAACGCUAACCCGUCGGCGUGGCCCGUGUUGGGCCACGAUGCGGCGGGGGCAGGCAGCUCAGGGGGAGCCAACGUCAUUUCACCCCCUCAAUCCACUCCAAACUUCUGUAAUCCCACUGGCCCGCCGCCGCCGCCAUCAAGCCAGACCAGCACCCAUCCCGGAGCCAACACUAACAGUAACUCCUCGGGUAUCGGCAGUGCCUGGGGUAGCAUCAUGACCUCUGACGUGUCAGAGUCACACCCUUCGCCAUCCACAAAUGUGUCUUUCAGUUCAGAACCUCAGAACCUUAAAACUGACGGACCAAAUCACACAAAUAAGCCGGAACAAGCGAGUCCCGCCCGCCACCUGCCCAGUUGGGGCAAUGCAUCCGCGGGCCCGCCUCCAAUGGGGGCCAAGCAGGUCAACGGAGAAGAUAGCGCAUCUUCGGGAUGGGGCCUCGACGGUGACUCGAAGGCGCCGUCCUCUAAAGACUCCGGCUGGGGCCAGGCUGGAAGCGGGUCGGGAACUCCCGGAGCCUGGGGCGAACAGUCCGGCGGAGACUGGGCCAAGAAGCAAAGUGAAGAUGCUCAAGCGGGCUGGGACGGCCCCAGCUCGCCUCCCCAGGACCCGGCGGCGCAGAGCGGCUCUUGGAACCGAGCGGUGAGCACGACCGCUGCCAGCGAAGGAAGCGGCGACAGCACGGAAGGACAUCCCCGAUCCAAACAGCAUUCGUCCCAAGAUACCCCCGCUCCUCUCUUGCCCGCCCAGGAUCUCGACCCCAGGGUCUUAUGUAAUACGGGCUGGGGGCAGACCCCCGUCCGCCAGCACACGUCGUGGGACAUGGACAAUACUAAAAAGAAGAAUGACAUUGCCAGCGAAUCCUGGGACUCUCAAAGUGGUCCCGAAGCCCAGGGGCCUUGCAAUACUAACAUGGGUCCCCCGCAAAGAACUGACACUGGGAGCAAAAGCGAGGGAGCUUCGGGUUGGGGGGGAAAUUCAGCCGCUGCUGCUGCUGCUGCUGCUGCUGCUGCUGCCGCUGCUGCUGCUAGCAACCAUCCCAGCCCCGGCUGGGGAGAUCAACCCAACACCGUUAAGCCCCCGAGCGGCCCAGGUGGCUGGGGAAACCUGCCGAAAGGUGUGCCCGCCUCCGCUAUCCCCAAGAAUCAGUCUUGGGGUGACGAGAGGUCGUCGGGGUGGGAGGAGUCUCACGGCAAGCCGACGAGCCAGAACUGGGGAGAGCAACCUAAAGCCUCCCACAGCUGGGGCAAUAGCGCAGUGAGCAACUCUCCAAAUGACUGGGGAGAACCCGAAGAGAGGAAAAAGAAUCCAAGCAACUCUUCCUGGGACGGAGACGCAGGGGGCUGGAAGGAAAGUCCUCGAGGCUGGGGGGGGGGAAUGCAAGGCGCCACAGGUGCCGGAGGCAAAGCGGGCUGGGGAGAGCCCGUUGCUCCGCGGCCCGGCGGCCCUCCCCAGGGCUGGGUGGCAAAAUCUCAGGACGGACCCGCCGGCGCGGCGGGGGCCGUCGGCUCUUGGAGCGGCGCGGCCUCAGUCAAGCAGGGCUGGACCGGCGGCAAAGCCGAGUCGUCUGCCGAAGCCACGGGUUGGGAAGAACCCUCGCCGCCGUCCAUCCGACGCAAGAUGGAGAUAGACGACGGGACCUCGGCCUGGGGCGAUCCUGGUACCUACAACAAAUCCGUCAAUCUGUGGGACAGAAACAAUCCAGCUCAAGCUAAAGCUAGCGCUGGAGGCAAUAACGCUGGCGCUCAUCCCCACAAUCACGCCUAUCAAGGACCACCUGCACCUUUACACGCUCACGGUCCAAAUUCCCAAAACCCAGCGCCCACUGGUGGCGGCGGCGGCAGCGGAUCCAUGGAUCCCGUUUUGCAUCACCAGUCGGGCUCAUCUCACAACAGGGGGCCCAUGAUUGCGCAAGGCUGGGGAGAACUUUCCAGCUCUCACAGCAAAGCAGAAAGCUCUUGGGGGGAAAGUGCACAUUCAACAGUCAACGUGGACAAGGGUACGUCGGCCUGGGGGAAACCCAUCGGGGGCUGGGGCGAUGGCAACCAGGACAACUACAGUAGGGGGAACCCAGCUAUGACAGCCGCAUCUUGCAAACCCGCCUCCAAAGCUAUGCAAGAUGGAUGGGGAGGCGGAGGUGAAGAGUUGCUCCUCUCAGGAGGUCAGUGGGAUGCGGACGACGGAGACAUGUGGAACAGCGCUGCUUCCCAGGAGGGCAACACCUCCACCAACUCUUGGGGAAACGCAGCCAAAAAGAUGUCGCAAAAGGUCAAAGUUCCAGGGAAGCCAGAAGAUACCUGGAUUAUGAAUCGUCUUAUCAAACAGCUGACGGACAUGGGCUUCCCGCGGGAUCCGGCAGAGGAGGCUUUAAAGAGCAACAACAUGAACCUGGACCAGGCCAUGAGCGCCCUGCUGGAGAAGAAGACAGAACUGGACAAGCGGGGGGGAAUGGGGAUGGCCGCCGGACACGACUACAACAACGGGCUUCUCAACAAACCCAUGAGCUGUCCUCGACCUCCACAUCUCUCCAAAGAAGCCUCCACGGAUCCCCGCUCACCCUUCUCGGACAAACAAAUGCAGAGUGGAAUGUUUGGUGGUGGUGGAGCAGCACAAGCCCGGGCCAUGCCUCAGCCGCCGCCGCCGCCGCCUCCUCAGCCGCCAGUGCCGCCUCUCGGCUCUUCUCAGCAGCCGAGUCUCCGCGCUCAAGUGCCUCAGUUUCUCUCCCCUCAGGUUCAAGCACAGCUCUUACAGUUUGCAGCAAAAAAUAUCGGUCUGAAUCCUGCACUUUUAACCUCGCCAAUAAAUCCUCAACAUAUGACUCUUCUGAAUCAACUCUACCAGCUGCAACUGGCUUACCAGCGUUUACAAAUUCAGCAGCAGAUGUUACAGGCCCAGCGCAACGUUUCUGGACCCAUUCGACAACAAGAGCAGCAAGUUGCACGUACAAUCAAUAACAUGCAGCAGCAGAUCCAACAGCACCAACGGCAGCUGGCCCAGGCGCUGCUAAUCAAGCAGCAGCAGCAACAGCAGCAGCAGCAGCAGCACCACCACCAGCAGCAGCAGCAGCAGCCUCCCCACUCCCACGCGGGCCUACAUCACGGCGGGACCAAAAGCAACCUGGACUCGUUUCCGGGCCACCUCCAGGCGCCGGGCCUUCCCGACCUGCAGACCAAAGAGCCGCCGCAGUCUUCUCCAAACCCUUACAGCCCGUAUUCGCUCUCUGGACUGAAUCCAAACAUGAAUGUAAACUGCGUGGAGGUGGCCAUGUCCGCCAAGGAGCCACCCCAGCCCCAGUCGCGCCUUUCGCAGUGGACGCACCCCAACACUAUGGAAAGCCUCUCUGGAAGCUCCUCCCCCUUGGAACCCAAACACGGUACCAACCUGGGUCCGCCUGGCAAGGCUGCUCAACUGGAUGACUCUUACAGUCCUUAUAACCUGAUGUCCAGCUCCGAGUCCCCCGGCAGCCCCCUUGUGGGCCCCGACAGCUGGGGGCCGCAGGGGAAGGGGAGCAGCGGCGACAAGAUGGCCAACGGGACAAACAUCAACUGGCCGCCGGAGUUCUGCCCAGGCGUGCCCUGGAAGGGUCUCCAGAAUAUCGACCCAGAGACGGACCCCAACAUGACGCCGGGCAGCGUCCCGAGCGGUCCCACCAUCAACACUAACAUCCAAGAUGUCAACCGCUACCUGCUGCGAGACCGAAGUGCGGGCUCUUCCCCCACUUCAUCUCAGAACGAGGCUCUGCCUCCCUCCUCUGAUUGGUCAGUCAGUGCCUACACUAGCUCGUUCAGUCUGUCGUCCCCGGAGAUGGACGAAACAGGUAAACUGUCCGAGAUGAAAUCCACUUGGUCGCCGGGUCCCGUCUCGCACAGUCAAGCCUCGCUUUCCCACGACAUGUGGAAAGUGCCGCAGGGACCCCGGAGCAGCUCCACGGCCCCCUCCCGCCCGCCGCCCGGCCUCACAAACGCCAAGUCGUCCUCCACGUGGGGGGGGAACUCUCUGGGUCUCUCCCAAGGCUGGAGCAGCUCUUACACCACGGCGGGCACCACGUGGAGUACAGACAGCGGCAGCAGGACCAGUAGCUGGUUGGUUCUGAGGAACCUGACCCCACAGAUUGACGGUUCGACUCUGCGCACGCUGUGCAUGCAGCACGGCCCACUCAUCACAUUCCACCUCAACCUGACACAGGGCAACGCUGUGGUGCGCUACAGCUCCAAGGACGAAGCUGCCAAGGCUCAGAAGUCCCUGCACAUGUGCGUGCUGGGGAACACCACCAUCCUGGCCGAGUUUGCCGGAGAAGAGGAAGUCAAUCGCUUCUUUGCACAGGGCCAGUCGCUGGGCGGGACCACCAGCUGGCAGGCCGCUCCGGGCGCUCCCAAUCAGAGCAGGAUGGGCGGCUCCGGCUCGGGAGCCUCUCACCCCAUCGGACACGCGCCCCACUGGAACAACAACAAUGGAGGCUCAAAGGCGGGCGGAGAGCUGCUGUGGGGCGGCGUGCAGCAGUAUUCCAGCCUGUGGGGGCCCCCUAGUGGAGAGGAGGCUCGGGUCAUGGGGAGCCCCAGCCCCAUCAAUACGCUGCUGCCCGGAGACCUGCUGAGCGGGGAGUCCAUGUAA